GAUGUCGAAUCAUUACAUUUUUCACAUAAAAGAAACCACUGUAUAACUAUAAACCCACUCUAGGAAAGCUUCUCCCUUGUAUCUCUAUCUCUCAAUAUAUCUCCAUUAUCUUUCAUUUUAAGUAGUCUUUCAACUCUAUCUAUAAACCUGAAGAGAGGAAGGAAGCUAGCUGAAUCCUGACAGCCUAAUCCCAAUGGCUAAAACCUGUAUCUCAAACUGCAUCAAUGACACCAGAGUCCCUCUCCCAGUCAGGCCAACCUACGUGAACCUCUAUAAGUGGCCGGAAUCUGAUGCUGAGUUUGUAAGAUCACUGAGCUCUGACUGGCGCAGUAAUGGAGGUCGUGCACACCCCACGGUUGUUGAUAGCAUUUCAUGCAGGCAAAUAUACCUGAGGAGCUACACGUUUCAUAGGAACAACCAAACCGAGACUGAAAACACAAAAUGUUUUGGCAGAUCCUCAGUUAAUAAGAAGGAAAAGGCCGGAAAGAUCAGUCCUAGAAGAAAAAACAAGUCCGAAACUGUGGCCAAAAAGAAGUGUACGGCUCUCAGAAGGGCCAAAGAGGUCUCUUGUGCCGCCCUUUUGGCCAUGUUUCGGAGGCUGUUGGCCUGCACAUCCAAGGUUGAUGUGGCUGAUCAUCAUGGAGAUUGAACAUUUCUUUUUCCUUUUUUAAUCAAUUUCGGCUUUCAGUGCUUCCUCUUUUUUUUUUUUUUCAGUUUUUAAAUAACUUUCUAAUAGUAUUAAGUUGUUAUUUAUUUGAUGCCUUUUUGCUCUUCCUAUCUAUGUUAUUUUUGUUUGUUAAUGGCUUUUGCUGAUAUCAUGAUAUGUUAAUGGUUAAAGUGCGAAAAGCAUUAUCAGGAAAUGGUUUAAAAUUUAAGCAAAUGUAUUUGGUUGAUGAUGAUCGGUAUCAUAUGUAAAAUGCAUCCGUCUUGUAAAA